AUGGCCGAAGACUCCGCCACUACCGCCACCGUCUCAGCUCUCUCUCCCUUGCCUCUACAGCAGGACCAACAGCAAGACCUACCCCACCAGCAGCAGCAAGAGCAGCAACAGUGCAUAGCCUGCCACGUCUACUUGUCCUGGCUCCCCUGCGGCAUCCCCAUGCUCCGCGGCGUCGCCGAAGUGCAACAACUCACCGACAGAGACGAGGCCGAAGACACUGAAGCACAGCACGAGAACAAGGACAAUGACAAUGACAAGCCCAACAACAACACCACUCACACCCCAACCCCACCGCACCAAAUCGGCCACCUCGUCGCCACACUCAUCGACCCAGCUGCGGGGCACCUAAAGCACGAAGAGCAGCUGCCCGCGCAAGUGCGCGAGUUCGCCAGCGCCGUGUUCACCGAUUCCUACGGCAGCCCACACACAGCGCUGAGCACAGGCACACCGUUCCUGUACCUCGAGACGAUUAGCGUAGACACGGCGUACAGGCGCAAAGGCAUCGCGCGCGCGCUGCUGGGCGCUGUGGUUAGGGAGGCGGGUGUGUUGUGCAUGGAGAUGGGGCAUGGUGUAGACCCGGUGCUGGGACUAGAGCCUGUGCUGGGAAUGGGGCUGGGGGUUGCUGCUUCUGGAGCUGGAACAGAAGAGACACACAGCGAGCACAGGGCCCUCGGCUUCAUAGCCUCCUGGCCCUGCAUGCACGACGCGGAUCUCGGCGACUUGGGCGUGCGGCCUGGGAGUGGGAUGAGUGGCGCGGGGCUUGGACAGUGGCGGGCCGAGGCGUGGCAUGCGGGGGUGGGGUUCUGGCGCGUGGGGAAGGGGAAGUGGUGGGUUAGGGGGGUGUGAGGGGUGAGGUGUGAGGGCGGGAGAGGAAGAAGAAGAAGGCUUGAACGUGCUGUGGUGUUGUAGUUGGUGGGCUCCGGGUAGCUUGGGCGGGAGGGUUUGCGUGGUUUGGUAUUUGAUAGCAUAGAGCAGUGGGCCGUGCGCGAAACUCCGUCAUGCACGGCUCUCGCGCGCGACACCUAACCUUCACGAUA